CCCAAAUUUGUGAAAAAAACCCCAAAAUCCCUGAAAAUUCCAAAUUUUUGCCUCCCCAGGAGGAAGAGGAGGCUGAGAAGAAGAGGAAGAAAAAUCCCAAGAAGGAAAAAGCCAAAGGGAAGAAACAGGGGAAGCCCCCCAGUGAUGAGGAGGAGGCCGAAGGCUCCGAGGAGGCCCCGGCCAGGAAGAACAAAUUCGGGGCCCUGAGGGAUGAGGAGGAGGAGGAGGAGGAGGAGGAGGAAGGAGCCCGGAAGGGGAGCGAGAACGAGGACGAGGAGGGGGCGGGGCCGAGGGCGGGGCCGGACGCCCGAGUCAGCAAAAAGGAGAAGAAGAAGAUGAAGAAGCAGGCGGAGUUUGAGCGGCAGGUGGCGUCGCUGCGGGCGGCGGCCAUGACGGGCGAGGGCGACUUCGCGGUGUCGCAGGCCGAGCUCUCCUCGCGCCAGGCCAUGCUGGAGAACGCCUCCGACAUCAAGCUGGAGAAGUUCAGCAUCUCGGCGCACGGCAAGGAUCUCUUCGUCAACGCCGACCUCUUCAUCGUGGCCGGCCGCCGCUACGGCCUCGUGGGGCCCAACGGGAAGGGGAAGACGACGCUGCUGAAGCACAUCGCCAACAGAGCCCUGAGCAUCCCCCCCAACAUCGACGUGCUGCUCUGCGAGCAAGAGGUGCUGGCCGAUGACACACCUGCGGUGCAGGCCGUGCUCCGUGCCGACACCAAGCGCCUCCGCCUGCUGGACGAGGAGCGGCGCCUGCAGGGGCUGCUGGAGAGCGGCGACGACGCGGCCGCAGAGAGGCUGGAGAAGGUGUACGAGGAGCUGCGCGCCAUCGGCGCCGCCGCCGCCGAGGCCAAAGCGCGGCGGAUCCUGGCCGGGCUCGGCUUCACCCCGGAGAUGCAGAACAGAGCGACCCGCAAGUUCUCGGGGGGCUGGAGGAUGAGGGUCAGCCUGGCCAGGGCGCUGUUCCUGGAGCCGACGCUGCUGCUGCUGGACGAGCCCACGAACCACCUGGACCUGAACGCCGUCAUCUGGCUCAACAAUUACCUGCAGGGCUGGAAGAAGACGCUGCUGGUGGUGAGCCACGACCAGGGGUUCCUGGACGACGUCUGCACCGACAUCAUCCACCUGGACAGCCAGAAACUGCACUACUACCGCGGGAACUACAUGACCUUUAAGAAGAUGUACCAGCAGAAGCAGAAGGAGCUGCUGAAGCAGUUUGAGAAGCAGGAGAAGAAACUGAGAGAUCUCAAAGCCGGGGGGAAAUCCACCAAGCAGGCGGAGAAGCAGACCAAGGAGGCGCUGACCCGCAAGCAGCAGAAGUGCCGCCGCCGGGCGCCCUCGGAGGGCUCGGCCGAGGCCCCGGAGCUGCUGCGGCGGCCCCGGGAAUAUUCCCCCCGGGAAUAUUCCGUGCGCUUCACCUUCCCCAACCCGCCCCCCCUGAGCCCCCCCGUGCUCGGCCUGCACGGAGUGGAUUUUGGCUACGAGGGGCAGGAGCUGCUGUUCCGGAACCUGGACUUUGGCAUCGACAUGGAAUCCCGAGUGUGCAUCGUGGGCCCCAACGGCGUGGGCAAGAGCUCCCUGCUGCAGCUGCUGACCGGGGCCCUGACCCCCCUCCGGGGGCAGAUGAGGCGCAACCAUCGGCUGAAGGUGGGCUUCUUUAACCAGCAGGCGGCCGAGCAGCUGCGCCUGGAGGAGACGGCGGCCGAGUUCCUGCGCAGCUUCAACCUCCCCCACCAGGAGGCGCGCAGGUGCCUCGGCCGCUUCGGCCUCGAGGGCCACGCCCACACCCUGCAGAUCGCCAAGCUCUCGGGUGGGCAGAAGGCCCGGGUGGUGUUUGCUGAACUCUCCUGCCGAGAACCUGACGUGCUGAUCCUGGACGAGCCCACCAACAACCCUGGACACUCGAAUCCAUCGACGCCCUUGGCCGACGCCAUCAACGAGUACAAAGGAGCGGUGAUCGUGGUCAGCCACGGCCGGCUGAUCACCGAGACCAACUGCCAGCUGUGGGUGGUGGAGGAGCAGGGCCUGAGCCAGAUCGACGGCGACUUCGACGACUACACGGAGGUGCUGGAGGCCCUGGGCGAGGUGGUGGUGCACCGGCCCCGGGAGUGACCAGCGGAGUGGCCACAGUGACCACCCGAGUGACCACAGUGACCACCUGAGUGACCACAGUGACCACAGUGACCACCUGAGUGACCACAGCGACCACCCGAGUGACCACAGUGACCACAGUGACCACCCGAGUGACCAGCGGAGUGACCACAGUGACCACAGUGACCACCUGAGUGACCACAGUGACCACCUGAGUGACGAGUGACCAGAGUGACCACAGUGACCACCCGAGUGACCACAGUGACCACAGUGACCACCCAAGUGACCACAGUGACCACCCGAGUGACCACAGUGACCACAGUGACCACAGUGACCACAGUGACCACCACAGUGACCACAGUGACCACAGUGACCACCCAAGUGACCACAGUGACCACUCAAGUGACUGCAGUGACCACCCCGAGUGACCACAGUGACCACAGUGACCGCCCGAGUGACCGCAGUGACCACCUGAGUGACCACAGUGACCACCUGGGUGACCACAGUGACCGCAGUGACCGCUGCGGUGGCUGCAGUUACCAGCCGUGACCAGCAGGGGGCGCAGAGGGGAAUAAACGGUGGUGGAGCAA